AAAAGUAGUAACUUGAUGGGAAGUAAACCAGUUUCUACUAUGUUUCGCUUUGUUGUUCUCAGUGCUUUGCUUGCUUGCGCCUUCGGGGCAGCAGUUCCCGGUGGCCUUGCCCCACUGUGGGAAGCCCGUAUUGUUGGUGGUAAGGAAACCACCAUCGAAUCAUACCCUUACACCGUCUCCAUGAAAUAUGGAGGAAGCCACCGUUGCGGAGGAUCCAUCUACAGACCAGACGUCAUCAUUAGUGCCGCUCAUUGUGUCCAAGGAGUCUCUGCUAGCAACUUGGCCAUCACUGCCGGUACCUCAUACCGUACCAGCGGUGGAGUAACAAAGAAGGUCAGCAAGAUCAUUAUCCAUGAAAAAUACAGCAGCAGCACUGUCGACAAUGAUGUCGCUAUUUUGUUCCUUGAAGAAGGAUUUGAACUUGGAGAAUCCAUUCAAACAAUCAACCUCGCUUCAGCUGGAUCUGUUGUUGAAGCUGGAGUCAAGGCAACCUGCAGUGGUUGGGGCGCUCUUAAAGAAGGUGGAGCCUCACCUUCUGUUCUCCAAUUUGUUGAUGUCUCCGUUGUAAACAAUGCCGAUUGUGGAGCAGCUUAUGGCAAGGGUAGCAUCACUGAUGCUAUGAUGUGCGCUGGUGAAAAGCAAGGAGGAAAGGACGCUUGCCAAGGAGACUCCGGCGGCCCAUUGGCUGUUGGUAACACAUUGGUUGGUAUUGUUUCAUGGGGAUACGGAUGUGCCCGUGCUGGCUAUCCAGGUGUCUAUUCUAGCGUUGGUUACCUUCGCUCAUGGAUUGAUAGCAAAUUGUAAAUUUCCUAUGUCUAAUUUUAAGAUAUUUGGCAUUUGCUUUUUUUACGAAUAAAUUUUGUAUGGAAAGUUA